CUGUACCUGCUGCGCCUACCGACCGCUCUCUCGUUUCUCCACAUGCGCACAGCGGCACUACUCUCAUUCUCACUGCAGACUUUCCGUUCAGUUGCAGCCAACUGUUCGCCACUAAACAAAUAUUUUUUAGGUUUAAAAUAGGCUUUCAAGCGGCUCAACAAUUCGCUACAUUGUAGCAAGCAGGCAGCGAGAUAAGAAGAUACAUCGAUUUAUCGAUACAGUGUAAGGUUAUUUUAUCUCUCGCUUCAGAACCAGUCUCGAUACAACACGGGAACGACAAAAUCUCAAACAUGAAGAAAUGUUCGGCGUGGUCGCUCUUUCUAGUGGUUUCGCUGCUAACUGUGAAAGCUCUGUCCCAGAAUUCAGAUGGCUUUGACCUGUCUGAUGCCUUGGAUGACGUCUCUAUAGCAACAGCAGCCACCCCCAAACCAGUAGAACGGGCAGGAGCAGAUGAGGAGAUCACCCCCACCAAGGCUCCACCUAAAGCCCCAGCCACUAAGGCCCCGUCACACAAGCCCAAGCCACCCUCUGAUGAGUUUGACCUGAGUGAUGCUCUGGAUCCCAACAAUGACAUUGGAGGGAAGGACAAGAACAAGGGACAAGCAGAUAAAGGUAUUGGAGGCGGAGGCAGGGGAGACAGAGCCCCCAACAACAGAGGAGGGAACGGGGGUGGAUCUUUCUCAGAUGAUGAUCUGCUUGACUUUGGGAAAGACGACCCCUACAACCCUGACAAAGGCAAAGACACCAUGGCUGAGACCGGAACCAUCGCCGGGAUCAUCAGUGCCAUUGGCUUGGCGCUGGUCGGCGCGGUCACCAGCUACGUCUCCUACCAGAAGAAGAAGCUCUGCUUCAGCAUACAGCAGAGCCUGAAUGCAGACCUGGUGAAGACUGAUAACCCAGACGCUGUGGUGGCCACAGAACCACAAGUUCAACAGACUCUUCUGGAGCCCCCCAACGCUGAGCCUCCUAGUCAGGAUAACACUGUCUAAUAUCCCACCCGUCCGUCCGGCCUCGUCCCCCAACCUACACACACACCUGCACACACACGAAGAGGGUGUGACAACACACACUUACACGCCCUCACAUUGGGGAAUACCCCCCCCCCCCCACCUCAUACGCCAACACACACUCACCACUUUUGAAGGAUAGUUCCAUCCCCGUUAUACCUUAAGAAUUGUAGAUAGAUGGUGAUCAGCAAACUCUGUCUGAAAUGUAGAGUGCCACUGACAGCCAUGUUGACGCCACCAAGUUCCAUGUCAUUCUAGAAUCUUAAUGUCAUUCUAGAGUGGGAAUGGUAUUGUCACUAUGGUUCGCCGACCUCUGUAGACCUUCCCCCGCCACACUGUGUGUACAUAUAAUUUAAUUUAUUUGAACUGUUUUAAACACCACUAAUAUGCCUGUUUACAAGUUGAUUAUGAAGGAAUGGUAGCCUAAUCCUAGAUCAGUUUUUAUUUGACAAUGAUAGUCAGAGGAUUUGCUAUACUUAAGCACAUACAGAUCCUGGACCAGGCUUUCAUCUUGGUAUUUCCUGAAAGAUAGUAUGGUACAUAGUAUAACCCACAUACUUUCCCCCUAACUCUGUUAUCCAAUCAAAAAUCUUAACCAAAUAAUUACCCCCCCCAUUCACCCCUAGUACAUAUA